AACCAGAGCAGAUCAUCAGGGCCACUUUGGCGCUUUGUUGCUGCUUAUUGACGAUUUAGUUUUUAAAAUUUGUACGUGAACGUGCUUCGAAAGUGGCGGCGGAUGCGCCGGUUUACAAAACAGAAUUUAGUGAAUUUAUUUGUGAUUUUUUCUUUGGGUGUAAAGAAAUUCGGAAGAAGCUAUUGUGUAAUUUUUUUUUCAUACGUAACUGAGUGCAUAUAGAAGGUGUUAGUGGAUCAGUAUUAUUUUGAUAGGAAUUGAAUUUUAUUAUUAUUUUAAUGUAAAAAUAUAGAAAAAUAUAUUAAGAAAUUAUUGUACAUGUGGCUGGUGCAUUUGGAAAACCGAGUUUAAAAAAUGUUUCGUUGCACCAAAAAGCGUCUGAAAUUCACCUUAUUCGCUUUUAAUGCGAUUUGUGCUAUGAUGGGUGUAAUUUUAAUAUGGUUUGGAUCGUGGCUAUAUAGCAACAGAGAAGAAGUUGAUGUGGAUAACAGUGAAGCCUUGAUUGCUACUGUUAUUCUUGUACUCGGCACUGUUCUAGUGGUAAUGGCAUUCUUUGGUUGUGUUGGUACAUACACGGAAUCCAAGAGCAUGUUGAUAAGUUAUGCUGUGAUUUUAGUUAUUCUACUGGUAAUACAAAUAUUCCUUGUAAGCAUCAGUUAUACUGCGGCUAGUGGAAGUCUCUCAAGUGGGCUGCAACGAGGAUUCGACGAACUUUGGGAUAAAGGUUACACAAACAUCAAUACAACGCUAUCCUUCUAUGAAGAGUGGCUUCACUGUUGUGGAAAAAAUAGCGCCAAUGACUACUUUCAAAUGGAUAAAGUUCCGCCGGCGAGCUGCUGUCGCUAUCAGGAUUGCAGGAAUGUACUAAAUCUCUAUGUGGAAGGUUGUGAGCAGAAAUUUGGCGAAUACGUGCGUGAGAAGACGAAUAGUUUCAAUAUAGUCAGCUGGUGUUUGAUACUGACGGAGUUUAUUGGCUCUGUAUUUGCUUGCAUUUUGGUUGAUAGCAUCAGAAAUUAUCGCGAUCGCAUACGUUUUUAUAAUUGAAAUGGCAACAAUUGAAUU